AUGGGAACAAUCGAUAUUUCGCCUGAUCAAUUUGAUGCUUAAGAUUAGCCUGUGCUAUUGAAAGACAAUCAACUUCAAUCCUACUAACUAUUCUUGGAUUUAGUUCACAACAAAAAGAGAAUGAAGUAAAUGGACGAGAGAAAUUAUUUAGGCCUUAGUAAUGUGGCAGUAAAUAAAGAAACAGAUAAUGAAUAAAUGGAAAUUGACUAAUCUCAAGAGUCUGAUUAAAACUUAAAAUCUGUAAUGAAAAUAGUCUUUUAUAGUCAAGUAUAUUGCACUAAAGAAUACGAGUAUAAGUUCUUGCCAGAUAAAAUCACCUUAAAUGAUAUCGCUUAAAGAGUAUUUUGUGUUGGGGAUGAGUAGAUUUAUUAAAAUCAAGAAAUUAGAGAUAUAAGCUUUUUCCUCAUUAAUGAUGUGAUCUAUUGUCAGAAUCAAAAGGUAAAAGUGAUUAAAGAAUACAUUUCUAAAAAUCUAGCAGAAGACUCACCAUAGUAUGAGAUAAAUUCGUCUGAUAUCAAACUUAGUGAGCUAAAUUUGAAAAUAGGAUUUCCAUAUUUAUUCAGGCAUAACCAAAGCUGCGACCACAUAUUUAUUUUUCACGAACUAAGAAUACACGACCAGCUUUUGGACAAUAUUUUGGAACAAUAAGAGUGCUAAGGUAUUGUAUAGACCUACUAAAGUAAAAAUACGAAAUAUGAUAAGUUUGAUAUUUUUAAGUCGAAUGAGAAAUCAAAGUUAUAAAUUGGCUAAGAAUGCUAACAAAAUGAACAUUCUAUAACUUCUUUGCCGUACUGGAACUAGAAUGACUAGCUACCUUGCAUGUACGCGGGAACAUUGAAAUCUUAAAUUAAACCUGAUAAGGAUCACAAUUUGUUUUAUUGGCUUUUUAAAAAUACAACUCUUGAUAACCCUAAUCUAAUUCUUUGGAUUAACGGAGGACCUGGAUCUUCUAGUAUGUUUGGAUUAUUUCUCGAAAACGGGCCAAUUGAAGUUAAAAGAAUUUCUCAUUAAUCAAACAAUCCAACUGAUGAUUUUAUAGUAUAGUUAAGCAAAAGAGGAUCAUGGGUAGAUUUAGCAGAUGUUUUAUACCUUGAUCAACCAGUUGGUGUAGGAUUUUCAUUUGGAGAUAGUAUAUUAGAUAGAAUGGAUGAUGGUGCAUAGGAAUUCAUAGAAUUUAUAAAAAAUUUCAUGGUCAAAUAUCCAGAAUAUUAGUAAAAACCAAAUGGGAGGAAAUUUUAUAUAGCAGGGGAAAGUUAUUCAGGAAAAUAUAUACCAUUAUUUGCUAAAUAUAUUAACGAGUUUAAUUAGUAAUCGCUAGAUUUAAAAAUACAAUUAGACUCUUUAUUCAUAGGUAAUCCAUAUUUAGCUCCUAUGAUUAAUAGUUAGAAUACUUACAAGCUUGGUAAGGCAAUUGGAUUAUUUGACGAUUAAAAUGCUGAUUAAGUCGCUGUUUUGAGAUAAAAAUGUGAAGAGGAAAUAACUAAGGAUUGGGAAGGAGCUUUAAACACUUGCGAAUAAACAAUGACUUACAUUAACGAUAUUGCAGGAGGAGUAUUUAAAUAUGAUUCUAGAAUCUUCAUCUAUGACUGGAGUCCAGUUGAAUAAGUAGUUUAUGAUUUUUUGCAAAAAUCAAACAGAGUUUAAGAAUUAUAUAUGGCUCUUCAUAUCGAAAAAAGUACAAAGGUUCCUAUUUACGAGCCUUAAUCUGAUGCUGUAGCUCAAGCAUAUAAUUAUGAAGUAAUGGUUGAUUACACUAGCAUAAUAGAUGAUGUCCUUUCUGCAGAUAUCAACGUUAUAAUUUUUGCUGGUGAAUGGGAUUAAGGGUGUGGUCCUGCAAUUCAUGACAUAUGGAUAAAAAACAUGAAAACUGUUUUCUUAGAUUAUUGGAAUUUAGCAAGAAAAAUAUACUUUGUUAAAGGUGCUAACGAAGAUUACCAAGUCGCUGGCUAUUAUAGGUCAGACGAGAAAGCUAAAUUUACUUUUUUAACAAUCCCUAAAUCGGGUCAUUUCGUCCCAACUCAGUAGCUUGAAAUAACAAAGCAAAUAAUUUCUGAUUACUUUUAAAGCUAAAAACUUAUCUGCCACAAAUCUAAUUAAGAUGAUUGUCUUUAAAGCAAGAUUAUGUGUGGAUAUAUGAAUUAAUGUUCAUAAAAUGGAGUUUGUGAUGAAAAAACCACUGGAAAAUGCAAGUGCAAUGAAGGUUAUACUGGUGCAGAUUGCUAUAGUAAGCUAUUUGAGUUAUAAGAUAACCAGCAUCAAACCUACAAAUUGAAUGGAACUUAGUAUCUAUACUUCUAAUUUCAAGAAAAUCUCUCUCAAGGUUAAAAAUAUGUAUUAGAGAUAUCAUCAAUGUUCCCAUUUGAUGCAUUUUUCUCAGGUAUUGAUAAUGAACCAAACGAAUUUGAAUAUGAAAUUGCUUUCAAAAGUUAAACCUAUUUGUAGCUAAGAAGUGAUGAGAUUUAAUCACUACCAAAGUUUAAAGCACUUGUCAGAUCUAAUGCUAUUGAUCAUUAUUCUAACAAAUUUUACUAAAAUACUAUGAGAAUAGAUUUUAGUAUUUAUUGA